AUGGGCCAAGAUAGUGAUAUUGUUAAUAAACUAGUUCAAAAAUCCAUAAUUCAUAUUUAUCAUGAUGAUUUGGAUUUGGAAUAUUUUGAAACAGAUGAUACUCAAUCCAGCAUUGAUAUAGAACUACAAUAUCAACUCAAAAUGAUAACAUUAUGGAUUUAUAUGUCAAUACCACUAACAAUGAUGUCAAGAGGUGAAUCAUCAUCUUCUGCUGUCGCAAGAAAACAUAAUGAUGAAAAGUCUUUGGUUGAUUUGUUUGGUGCAGAUUAUUUCCUAAACCUUGCGCUGGCGUUAGAUGUUGAUUGUCCUAAAUCGUUAGACGAGUCAUUGAACAAUGAAUGUGGAGUUCGAUAA